AUGUUAGAAACGUCCGCUGGCAAAUUUUAUGCUGAGUUCAAAAACUUCGAGCACAACCCCGAAGCGGGCUGGGAGGAGGAAUUUGCACGACUUGCUCGAGAGAGAGGAUGGGAUCCAAACAGCAACGGUUGGAAAGCAAACCGGAUUAAAUUGAUCAACACAAAAUUCCCAUAUCAACCCGAUAUGAUGAUCCCAUUUCUUCAAAGAUUUCCAGGAUUCCAGCAUGAUCCAAAGGCCUCUUUCCUCGAAGAAUUCACGCGACUUGCUGAACAGAGAGGAUGGGAGAAAGGCAAAGCGUCUUGGAAACGACACUGGCGAAUGGGGCAUUCCUCUAUCAAGAAAAGGCUAAAGCAAAAGUUGCCCUUUUUUGAACGAUUCCACGACUUCAAGCUGGACCCCCAGGCAACUUACGGCGAGGAGUUCGAGCGACUCGCGUGCCAACGAGGCUGGGAAAACGGUGGAAAGCUUUGGAAAAGAAAUCUGAAGAAGCUAAAUCUUUGGAUGAGAGUCAAUUCAAAGAAACCCCCUUUUAUUACUAUCCAGUCGCCUUAUUUCUUUGAUAACUACCGCAAUUUUAAGCGGAACCCUCGAGCAUCUGUGAAGGAGAACUUUGACCGACUUGCUCGCGAACAGGAUUGGAAACAUGGCAAAAAGACCCGGAAAAAAAGGCUGAACAAGGCUUACAAAAGUGAGGCCGCUCGUCAACGUAAUGCGAUGGAUGAAAUUGCUGGCAAUAUGUCGGAACUUGCCGUGUGUUCUAGUGAUGCGGGCGUCUCGGACGACAUCACUGAACUCACAGGAGAAAUGUCAAAACUCGCCUUGAGUACAAAUUAA